AUGGGCUUAAACCUACCAGCCGCCUUAGACCUUGAGUCAUCUGUUUGGAUCCAGGAAAUGGAUAAGAACCGAAAUUCAGAUGACUCUUUAAGCGCUGAACCAAUUCCUUCCAAAGUAUCCCCAGCACCUCAAGUAGAAAAGAUACUACAGCAUCUAAAAGCCUCACCUCAAACACCGGGAAGUUUUCUUAAUCCUAAACAUGUGACUGAAGAACAAGAGAGAUUUGCUAAUGUCUUUACUCAAAAACUAAAUGAACUUCGGGAUGCUUCUGGCUUAGCAUCCCUGACAGCAGCUCUUAGCCCAGCCACUUCUGCCGUUAACAGUAGUAAUUUGUACAAUGUUAACCUGACGGACAUAACCCCUCAAAAUCUCCCAAAUUUUGCCGGAUUGUGUCGACAGGCAAGUCAAAGUGGAAUAAGUACAACUCCGGCGUCAAUACUUUUCUACUCCCCAACAUGUUUCGAUGCUCAGUCUUUACCAGGUAUCCAAACCGUUACUCCAGGUGGUUUUGUUGCCUUCCAGUCACCUCAGACUGAACCAGUAAAUCCAAUUAGUGAACCGAGUAUCACAUUUGCAAACUUACAAAAUUCACUUUCUAUCUCCCUUCCUAAUGCUGCACAGCCAUCUGCAGACAAUGAAGUCACGACUGUCCAACUACCGAAUGGAUUGCGUCUUGGUAUAUCAACCAAUGGGGCUUCGCAGGCAUCAGUCCUACAAAUGUUGGGUCUUGAACCUCAACCAGAACUUGUUCAUCGUGCUCAAAUUACCAACCAGACUAUUGAUCACUCUCUAUGGCCAUUGAAUAUCCAGACAAACCUACCUUCCGCUGAUACUUCAGACGGUCAUCGUACUGUCUCAGUAAACUCACCUCAAGACGCAGAUGACACUCGUCCUUCCUCAGUAGAUAUAGGUUUAGAUCAAACCGAUGCUAUACCUAACAUUAGGUCAUCAUCUGUCUCUUCUGUUUCAUCUUCUUCCCAGGGGAAUAGUUCUAAAAACAUUUCUGGAUCUAACCCUAAGGACUGUCGUCUGGAUCCUACUGAACAAUCUCGUAUGCGGUUAGAGCGUAAACGAGCAAGAAAUCGGGAUGCCGCACGCAAAUGCAGAGAAAGAAAAAUUCGUUUGAUUAAAAGCUUGGAGAAGGAUGUGAUACAUCUCUCAGAGGAAAAUAAAGCGCUGCGUAAUAGGUUAUCUCGCAGCAGAAUAGAAGUGGAGCGUCUAAAAAUGUUUGUCGUCAAUCAUCUGGAUAAAGAUUGUCCCGCUUUAUCCGGCAAAGUAGCCUGA